AUUUCGGGAAAAAUCUCGCUACAGUUGGUCUUCUAGCAUCUAGUAGAAUACAUUUUAACAGUUGUCUUGCGUGGGCUUGUUAUCUUUACUCGGACCAUUUAGUAGCAGCAGGUAUCUCAAUCUAGUUCACAUUUCCUCCUGUGAAGCAGAUUCUAUGUGAUUCUAUACGUGAUUUGGAGGUUAUGUAGGGUUGUCAACUUUGUGUUGUCAACAGUUUGUAUGUUUGAUUUUUGAUUAAACCGAUGAACUUUUUGAACGAUGAAUGAAUGCCCAGAAAGCCUUGCAGUUGCAAAUAUUAACACAUCCAGUGAUGAAACUACGCAUAAUCUAGGACCAAACAAAAAAACUGGUAAAACAGAUAGCCAAGCAAUCGAAAAUCCUGCUAGAAGUCCAAAUGUCCGUGAUGAAAAACUGCAGUCUGAAGAUGAAAGCACUAAGGCGGAUCAUAUCGGAGAAAACAAUGACAAAAAAGAUUUGGAGCAACCAAUUGAUGAAGUCUGCGGGUCUAUUGGAGAGACUUCAUAUGACCCUAAGAAUAUCCAUUAUGAAGGUGAUAUAGCAGUGUACACUGACCCCGAUUCUGGCACCCAAUAUCAGUGGGACAAAGAUAAGGAUGAGUGGGUUCUGAAAAAUGUUACAUAUGGUUUUGAAGAUGAUACCCAUGUGUAUACAGACUCUGAUGGUGUAAAAUACUUUUGGGAUAAGGAAAAGUCUGCUUGGUUUCCUAAAGUAGAUGAAGAGUUCAUGGCUAUGUAUCAGAUGAAUUAUGGAUUUGUGGAUAACACCAAGGUAGAGGUGAAAACAGAGGAGAUGCCUAAACCAGAACCUAAACCCAAAAAAGUUAAAGGUGAAAAAAGAAAAGCAUCUGAACCACAAUGGUUUGAGUUGGAAGAAUCACAAAAUACCAGUGUCUAUGUAUCAAAUUUACCAGUUGAUAUUGAAGAACAAGAAUUUGUAGAUUUGAUGCAAAAAUGUGGAUUGGUAAUGAAAGAUAUACAGUCGGGCAAAUUUAAAGUAAAGUUGUAUAAAGAACCAGGAACAGAUAUUUUAAAAGGAGAUGCACUGUGUACUUACAUAAAAGUAGAAUCGGUAGAUUUAGCCAUGAAUUUGCUUGAUGGAUAUGAAUAUAAAGGCCAUAAGAUCAAAGUGGAAAGAGCAAAGUUCCAAAUGAAGGGAAAUUUUGACCCAAAGCUUAAGCCAAAAAUGAAAAAGAAAAAAGAUAAGUUAAAAAUGAAAAAGGCCCAAGAAAAAUUGUUCGACUGGAGACCUGAAAAGAAGCUAGGGGAACGUUCUAAACAUGAAAGGGUUGUGAUUGUCAGGAACCUCUUUGACCCGACUAUAUUUGAUAAAGAUGUGGGUCUUAUAUUGGAAUUUCAACAAGAUCUGCGAGAAGAGUGUUCAAAGCAUGGGAAGGUCAAUAAAGUAACUGUUUUUGAUAGACACCCUGAAGGUAUUGCACAGAUCAACAUGGGAACACCGGAGGAGGCCGAUGAAGUAGUCAUUCUUUUGAAUGGAAGAUGGUUUAUGAAGAGGCAACUCAAGGCAGAAAUCUGGGAUGGUAGGACAAAAUUCAAAAUAGCAGAAACAGAUUCAGAAAUAUCUCAAAGGAUAAACAAAUGGGAUAAUUUUCUAGAAGGUGCAGAAAAAGGUCCCAAGAAAGAAAGUACUUUAGAAGAUGUUGAAAAAAAGAGUGAGGAUGUUUCCGAGAUAAAUGGUAGUGAUAAGGAUAAAGUUGAAUUAAAACCAUCAAACACUGAUGUAUGAAAACUAAUAUAUUUAUAAUAUAUGCAUUUCUGUACAAUUAAAAUAAACUUGUUGCCUCUGGUUAAUAGUUUAUCUAUUAUUUUAGAUAAUCACAUAACAUUCAGAGACUUGGUAUC